GUGUGUGUGUGUGUGUGAGUAAGUGUGUGUGUCACUGUGUUCAUUGCGGCUCUGCCCGAGGAGAAAUUUCACCGCCGAGUCAAACGGCUUUUUGGAUCCAAGAUGGCCGUCUCAGCGCACCCAGUUUCCCUCAGUAUGUAUCGCUAGCUUUACACACAUAACGAACGCCUGAACCUCAGCUCAAGAGAAAUGUAUAUCUACUUCGGAAGUGGCACUUUGAAUUUGAAAUUGUUCCCGGUUGGGAAGAGGCAAUGAGGUAAGAAAAGGUAGGUUGGGAGGGGAGACAUUGGCGUUGACGCAUGUGGACAGCGUGGACACUGCGGUGGUGGAGGCUGAAUGGCGGAAAGAGGCGGCAGGUGCAGCACAGAGCAUCACAGGGAAGCAAGCCACACUACACAAGGACUGCUCAGCCGAAGCUAAUGUGAAUGUGCUACUAAUUCGCUGGCUCUCUAAGAAGCUGCUGAAAUGAAUCGUGUCCAGCUCGCUGUGUACGUGUGUGUGUGAGUGUGUGUGUGUGUGUGUGUGUAAGACAUGGGCAGCUGCGCGCUGCUUGCCAAUUAGGGAGCGAGUCAUAAAUACACACGAAGGCGAAGGCGAAGUUGGUUAAAUGCUGCCGUAUAGCCUGGUGCUAGCUGUCUGAAAUGAACAGGCGAAUAUGUUAACAGCUGAUGGAGGAAUAUAAAGCUUUACACCUUCGUAAAGCAACCUGCUGCAGUAGAAAAUGACUGGAAAUCAAUGGAAAAGCAAUGUAACCAUUCGGCAAAGGCGAAGGAGCUUCGGGGAUGACUAACGACAAAACGGAGAAAGAAAAGCAGCGGAUCUGGACACUGCAUCUUCCUCUGCCGUUUUGAGGAAUAAACGAGCAAACCUCAGGCGAAUGAAGAUCAACCUGGAGUAGUCAGAAUCAGCAGAGAACCAGGCUUCAGUCAUGUGUAGUGACAGGUAGGUUAUAGUGCAUGCGAGGUGAGGAACAGAGUGUGUAUGUGGUCAGUCUGCCACUGCAAUGCAUGAACGUGGGACGUGGACACUGAGAUGAUUGUUCCGAGCAGGAUUCCAUGUUUACAAGGCACAGCAGAUAUUAAAGCGGAAGACUUGAAAGAUAUGGAGAGCCAUGAGGUUGAGAAGAAGCGAGAGAAGAUCAGAGCUGGCUUGGUCCCAUUAAGACAUGCGCACAUCAACCAAUUUUGCACUGCGGUGUAAAAGGUUCAACUUUUGUAACCCCCCCUCCUUUCCUCAGAAUCUCUGGGGGAAUGGCUCAGCGAGAAAAUGUCUCCCAGCCUCUUCUCCACGCUAUGAGUCAUGAAGGCUCUGUGGCGAGCAAGCAUCUGCACUGCUGCGACAUUUGACAUUCAGCUCCAUGCUGGAGAAGGAAAGGAGACGCCAGUAUGUGCUGGAGACGCAGAUGAAAGCAAGACGGUUUCACUUUCUUCAUUACGUCUCAGCUACAGGAAUCGGACAUGUUGGUAAGAUGCUGACUCGUUGAAUGGCAGAGGGGAAAUGCAUUUAUCUCAACAGAUGUCUUGUUUAAGUUGUUGCAUGGUGAACCCUAUGAAAGGUUGAGAAUCUGCUGACUCAGACAUUCCCAUCCAUUCUCUUCUAUCUUUAUGCAAAUCUGAAACUCGGAUCGUCAAAUGAUUCAAACACUUUGACUCAGAAUAUUCUUUCUGUCCUUAACGGAAAUCAGCAGGAGAGUAAAAACAGUGUGUAUGUGUUCAAUUCCUCUCCGACAGCCAGCAUUUAGUUUGCUUUCUCUCCCCCCCCACUAGCAUCACGUGGGGGGGAGAGCUGUCAUAUUUGGGGUGAUUCUAAUCCCACAGCUCCAUCUGUGCUCCAGCACUGAACAGCUGUUCCAGGGUACAAGGUUGCUUAAGCAUGGACACGGGCCAGGGCAGCCCGGAGAGCCCCAACCGGGCUGUGGAGUACCUGUUGGAGCUCAACAACAUCAUCGAAAGCCAGCAGAAGUUGUUGGAGACACAGCGGCGGCGCAUCGAGGAGCUGGAGGUGCAGCUGGACCGCCUCAACCAGGAGAACAAGGACCUCCGACUGGACAGGCAACCAUGUCCACCCCCACCACCGCCGCCACUAGGGGCCUCCAAUCAGACCCAUGGGCACUCUUCACACGUGCAGAACUCGGCCACUGUGUACCCCAUUCAGAGCCACAACAACGUGCCAGGCCCUAACCCCACAUCUGCCCCGGCCCCUCCUCCCCCUCCUCCGCCCGUGCCUCCACGAGACCGGCGCGUUGUCAAUGCGCAUACGCGCCUCAGCCGUGGCCUGUCCACUGGGUCCAACCCGACAGAAAAUGAGAGGGACAGAGAAAGACACAGAGAGACUGUCAGCACCGGCACGGCCACCACUCUGCAGAGACAUCUCUCUCACCACCCUUCACCCUGCUGGAUCUGUAGGCCAGAUGGAGACUACAACAAACACAGGUCACCACCCUAUUCCACCUGUACUACUAGUUGUUCCAAUCCUACCACCACCACUCCUGCUACUUCUCCUCCUGCUACUACUACUACCUCUCUCCACACCAGUCUGAGCGCAAACAGCCACUCGAGCCAGCACCAGUACUGCUGCCCCGCGCGGCUUCUGCUGCCCAAGCCGCCAUGCCAUGCCCUCCCCCCUGCCCGGCAUCCGGAGCAGGCAAGUGUGGAAGGGGAUCCUCACUGUGGGGACACAAGCAGUUUUUCAGAGAGCUCCUGCAGUCAGGGCCCAUACCUGGCCCUUUCAGACCGAUACGGGAAGGUUACAGGAGAGCCUCUGGGCUCCCAGGGGCCUCCUGUGGCCCCUCCCAGCCCGGCAAGUCUGGCCUGGGCCCAGCGCACGCGCCUUCAGCCUGCCAGCCUGGCUCUGCGUAAGCAGGAAGAAGAGGAGAACAAACGCUGCAAAGCACUCUCAGACAGCUAUGAGCUCUCCACAGACCUGCAGGAUAAGAAGGUGGAGAUGUUGGAGAAGAAAUAUGGUGGUUCGUUCCUGAGUAGACGAGCAGCCCGCACCAUCCAGACGGCUUUCCGGCAGUACCGCAUGAAUAAGAACUUCCAGCGACUGCGUAGCUCAGCCUCAGAAAACCGCAUGACGCGUCGUAUUAUCCUCUCGAAUAUGCGCAUGCAGUACUCAUUUGACGAGCGUCAGCCGCAGGUGCAGCCUCAAACCCCGCAACAACAGCAGCAGCUCUACCCUCCUCGUCAUCCCUCUUCCCUGGCCAUGGCUGGCCAGCAGAGUUCAGCUGACACAGAGCAGGAGACAGAAUCACCUUCACACUGCCCUUCUGACCGGGAGGAUUACUCGCACACGGACGAUGCCUUUACCAAACAAGUGACAUCACUGGCAGACUCAAUGGAUAACACUCUGACUUGUCAGUCUGGGCGUGUCGACUCCCAGGAGGGUGAUGGUGGAGUCGAAAGUGAGGAUUUCAGUGAGUGUGUCUGGAGCAGCAAGGUCCCAUCUCGGCGUGGGAUACCGACAAGUGAGCGAGAGAGGACAGCGGGGACACUCGGGGGCAUGCAUGAGGACAGCACAGCUACAUCCUACAGUGAUGUAACUCUGUACAUGGAAGACGGCGUGCCUUCAUCACCACUUUCCAUGGAACGUGCACCCAGUAGCACUGAUACCGAGUACUGGGGGCUCGGCGGCACAACAGGUGGACGAGAGGACAGUCGAGAUGCAGAGGGUGGAGGCAGCAGCAACAGCCGGCGCAGCACACCGUGCACCGAGUGCCGUGACCAUCGGCUUCGUGGUGCCCACCUUCCUGUUCUGACUAUCGAGCCACCCAGUGACAGCUCCGUGGACAUGAGUGACCGCUCUGACCGCGGCUCCCUCAGCAGGCAGCUACUGUAUGAUCAGGAACCAACAGGAGGUGGAGGAGGAGGAGGUGGAGGUUCACCCCAGGGAACUCUCAAACACAAUCCAGCCCAGGGCCAGACUCGGCCUAUGGGUCGCCCAAUUCCCUCACCCCUCCCCACACACAUACCUCCACACCACGCAAUCCUGCUGCACCAGCAGCACCACCCCCACCUCCAUCACCCGCUGCAGCACCAUCACCACCACCAUCCACUAGCUCAUCUUCACCACCCCUACCAAGAUUCCUCUGUAUCAUCUACCCAGCCCCCGCUUACGCCGCUCUCUUCCACCUCGUCAGCACCACUACCCUCAACUGGCCUGGAGCCAUCUGAUGGGGACAACGACUCUCUUAACUCCACCACCAACUCCAAUGAGACAAUUAAUUGCAGCUCGGGCUCAUCCUCCAGGGACAGCUUGAGGGAACCUCUACCUGCACUCACCAAGCAGACCUACCAGAGAGAGAGCCGCCAUAGCUGGGACUCACCCGCAUUUAACAAUGAUGUGGUGCAGAGAAGGCAGUACCGUAUUGGUCUCAACCUUUUUAACAAGAAGCCAGAGAAAGGUAUCCAGUACCUGAUAGAGAGGGGCUUUAUGUCUGACACCCCAGUGGGCAUUGCACGCUUUAUCCUGGAGAGGAAAGGCUUGAGUCGUCAGAUGAUUGGGGAGUUCCUGGGCAACCGACAGAAGCAGUUCAACAAGGAUGUGCUAGAUUGUGUGCUGGAUGAGAUGGAUUUCUCUGGAAUGGAUCUGGAUGAUGCUCUCCGCAAGUUCCAGGCUCAGAUUAAGGUCCAAGGAGAAGCACAGAAAGUGGAGAGGCUGGUGGAAGCCUUCAGUCAGAGGUACUGUGUGUGUAACCCUGCGUUGGUGAGACAAUUCCAGAACCCUGACACCAUCUUCAUCUUGGCCUUCGCAAUCAUCCUUCUUAACACAGACAUGUACAGCCCUAAUGUCAAACCAGAGAGGAAGAUGAAACUGGAUGACUUUAUUAAGAACUUAAGAGGAGUGGAUAAUGGGCAGGACAUCCCGAGGGACCUGUUAGUAGGAAUCUAUCACCGUAUUCAGAAGUGGGAGUUGAGGACCAAUGAUGAUCAUGUGUCUCAAGUGCAGGCAGUGGAGAGAGUGAUUGUAGGCAAAAAACCAGUGCUCUCUCUACCCCACCGCAGACUUGUGUGCUGCUGCCAGCUUUAUGAGGUUCCUGAUCCUAACAGACCACAGCGGAGUGGGGUUCAUCAGAGAGAAGUCUUUCUCUUUAAUGACCUAUUGGUGGUCACAAAGAUCUUCCAGAAGAAGAAGACAUCAGUGACAUACAGUUUCAGACAGUCUUUUCCUUUAGUGGAGAUGCAGGUUCACAUGUUCCAAAACUCCUAUUAUCCUCAUGGUAUUCGGUUAACUUCAGCCAUCCCUGGAGGGGAGCGUAAGGUCCUGAUUGUCUUCACAGCACCGAGUCAGCAAGAUCGGACACGUUUUGUCAGUGACCUGAGAGAGAGCAUUGCUGAAGUGCAAGAUAUGGAAAAAUAUCGAGUAGAAUCGGAGCUGGAGAAGCAGAAAGGCGUUAUGCGGCCUGGACUCAUGAGUGGAGAUGUGAGCAAUGCGGUAGAUGGAAUAAAGACUGAGGCAGUGAAUGGUACUCUGGGUAGGCCCAGCCUCGAUGACACAUAUGCCACAGGGGAUGGGCUUAAGCGCACAGCACUCAGCUCAUCACUCAGAGAUCUCUCAGACACAGGAAAGCGGGGUCGCAGAAACAGUGUGGGCUCUUUGGAUAGUACCAUUGAAGGCUCCAUCAUUAACAGCCCACGGCCUCAUCAGCGUCUGCCUAUGGGGGGCGCUCUUCCCAGCUGCUAUGGGCUGGAAGACUACCGGCCUCACCGCCCCAUCCUGAGCCCCGGAAUAGGGGUGGGGGGUGGGCCGGGGCAGUUACACAACGCCGUAGGGAACGCUGGGGCAGGAGCGCUUCCCAACACUGGCGACCAAGGUUCCGGAGGGGGCAGCUCCGGUUCCUUCCUAGGUUCUCUGUUUGGCAGCAAGCGUGCCAAACCCCCGGCGCCACUUAUUCCCCCCGGGCCACCCUAUCCUGCUCCCGUGGCACCACCUACUACCGGGGGCCCGCCUCCUCCCUCACCUUCCUCCCUCAGCCAGUCCGACCUUGGCGGGCCCUCCAAAAUCCAGGCGCUGCACGCACAGUACUGCCACAACAAUAUCGGCCCGCCACCACCUCCAUACCACCACCAUCAGCACCACCGUUACCACAUACAGCUCUCAGCCGCCGGCCAUCCACACACUAUGCAUCACACUCUGCAGCGCAGCUCACUUCCCCGCCGUGGUUCACCCAUACCCUCACACGCUCCUCUUCAGCAACAGCACUCCCAUCAUGUCGUGCAUCAGCAUGGCCGCCACUCCAGCAUGGGCUGCACCCCUCCCCCAUUGUCUCCUCACUCGCCACAUUCACCCAUCAGCCCAUUCAGCUUCUUCCACACUCAUGCCCCACCGCCACAUCCCGCCAAGCUGCCACUGACACUGUCUCACUCCCAACCUCACCCCCAUUCUCACGUCCACUCCCACGUUCUCUCUCAUACCCACAGUCACGUCGGCCACAUCCACAGUCCCCAUCCGCUACUGCAUCAUUCCGCCCAUCAACCUCACUUUGUGUUCGCCCCACCUCCACAGGCCCCCUCCGCCAUCACAGCACGUCACGUGCCACAGGCUCCCGCACACUACCUGCCUCAGUACCCACCCCUGUCCUCCAUCCCGCCUCCUCCGCCGCACUCGCCUUUACCCCCUCCUACCUCCCCCCUCACCCCUCUUACACCGCUUACACCUCUCUCGCCGCUGCCACAACAAGUGCUCAACCAGGGGCCGGGAGCAGGAAGCACAGUGGGCAGCGCCAGCACAAGCGGCAGCUGCAAGUCAAAGCCCAUCAGUCGCAUCAGUACAGUAGUGUGAGACGCAGCAGAGCUCGCAGGGCAAGAUUUCACCGGAGGAGGAGCCGAAGCCCACGCAAGCGGAAACACACUGUUGUCCGACUUUGCUACUUCCACAUCCGCUUCCCACAUGUGUAAAGUGAGGGUGAUGGAGGGAAACCUAUAGCCGGGCUACUAAAUGCCUAUGCCAUUUGCUGUCGUUUCAUGGUGGCACUCAUAACAUCCAAAAUUAUUCAUCACUGCAAAAUCAGGAGGCUGAUAGAGGCAAGCCUUGAAAGAAGAGCUGAUUCUGUUGUUCCUCAGAAUUUGACAGAUUGGAAAGUGAGAUGGAAGUGCAGUCUUGCCAAAGGUGGAAAUUGUGAGAGGUUGCUGCCAACAUACAAUGCAAUUAACCAAGACUCAAAAGUUUUAGGGAUCCAACUGUCUGCUACGGAGGAGGUUAGGAUGCGAGUUUUACUUAGCCAGCCUAAUGAGAGUACAGAACACAAAAGAAGCAAGUUUUCAUGAACAGCACUGAAAAAGCAUGGACAUUAAAGCAACUGAGGUUUCAUGGAAAUCCUGUUUGCUCCAUUUUAACACUUAAUAUUUAUGUCAAAUGACAAUCAUUCCGGGUUGAAGCUAAAUUUUUUUAUUUCGUUUAUUGUUUUGUUUUUUUAACAGAAUUGAGUGAUACAUUCCACAUUCCUUCCCCUGGACUAAAUUGCUGUCAAUGUUGGACAACAGCUUCACAGCUUUAAAAGACUCAGCCACACACUUUUUGAACCAUAAAACAUCCUGAUUAUGUUAAAAGUAUUUUUUUUGUAAUAAAACAUUAUUUUGUGGAAAGUGACCAUUAUAGGAGAGAGAGCCAUUCGGGAGGCAGCGUUCCAGUAUUUCAUUCUAUGUUUGGAGUCUAAAAGAGAAGAUAUUUGAAUAUAGAAGAUUAUACGUAAAUGUAAUUGUGUUCUGAAAUCUGCAAAAACUAGGCAUAGCCCACUAAAAACCAAAAAAAAUAGUCUUAAAUCCUUAAAGAUAUUUUAGUUCUUUCCUCUCAGUUUGCUUUGCUUUUGUUUGUUUUUUUUGGAUGAAAUGGAAUUGUGUCUACAAGUAGGUGAAGAAUUUAAUAUUUUUAUUAUAUUAUAUUUAAAUUCUAUUUAUUUUUUCCCAGAAUGAAAUAAUAAGUUAAUAGUGAUUUAAUGUCAAAAUGACUUGAUAAGUCUGACUUGUCUGGUAAUUCUGUUCUAAUGACUUUUUUCUCUUUCUUUCAACACACUUUCGAGUCAGUAUGUACUUAAACAGGCUCACAUGACUUGCUAAUUACUUGUAUUUGGCAACUUAUUGCAUAGCCUUAGUGCCUAAUGUAAGGUUUUAGGAUCAGAUGAUCCUAAAUGUGCAGCACCCGAAGUUCCCAAAAAAAGAAAAAAGAAUAUAUUUACAGUGCUCGCAAGGCGAGCGCUGUAUUGUUAUUUCAUUUAAAUUUUGAAAAAUUCAUUGUAUAAAUACUUAUUUUUUACUCGACGGUCGGUUGAACUGAAUUAUAAACAUAAAUAGACAAAGACAUUCUCUCAAGCAUCGAUUGUACAGUACAAUUUACAAGAAUGAUAUGAUUCAAGUGUGUUUUUCGUUAUUAAUAUUAUGAUGUCAAAUAUUACUGAUAUUAUCCUUGAUAUUUUGAUGUAACACUUACUACUAAUAUGGAUAUUGUUUCUGUGCUGGUUCGUUUUCUAUUAGCCUUUUUUCAAUCUAACGCAGUGGUAUUUCAUGUGUACAAACGGAACUUUUGAGAAUUUACCUGGGCUCUACCUAUUUCAGGAACUUGUUUUGCUUGGAGAAAAAAACAAUUCGGUAUUUUACACCAAACCCAUUGCCAGAAGCCAUACACUUGUACUUAAGCCAGUCACUCUUUUAAAGAAUGUGAAUUUACAUCAAGUAACAUAUCUUUGCCCUUCUUGUUUCUAUAUGAAAGCAUGCUAAUAUGAUUGGUGCAUCUGUGCACACCAGCUAAUACAUUUCGCACUCGGUUGUCAGUGCAUCUCUUUGUAUGCUGCUUUUACGUUUCUGCGGAUAGUGUUCGCUCUAAGUGCAAGAGCUUUUAGUUUGUGCGCACAAUGAGUCAAGGCCUACAAGUGCAGUGCCUUGUUAGCAGAUCAUCUCCUGUCUCCAGCACCCCAGUAUAUGCACACACUCGCAUCAAACCCACACAGAAGGGUACACCUCCCCAAUCCUCUCUGACGUUCUGUCACUGUACAGACACUUUAUUUUAUACUUUUUAGGCCAUAUUCAGAGUUGAGUUAGUUUGAUACAGAAAUUGAGCACAGCUGUAUUCAAACUUUAGAAUUAUCAAGACAAAAGGACAGGUUUUUUGUUCUUACUUUUUGGAUGCAACCAUUCCCCAUACCCCUGGUAUAUUAUUAUUAUUAUUAUUAUUAUUAUUAUUAUUAUUAUUAUUAUUAUUAUUAUUAUUAUUAUUAUUAUUAUUAUUAUUAUUAUUAUUAUUAUUAUUAUUAUUAUUAUUAUUAUUAUUAUUAUUAAAUUAUAUAAUUUUUUUAAGCUUAGAGGGAAUAGGUGUUUUUAAGAGCAUGACCUGGACACAACUGAGGAACUUCCCAGGCAUUAAACAGCUUAUUUCAACUGUACUCAAAAAUCUGAUGAUUUUUUUUUUUUUUUUUUUUAAUUUCAUUUAACUCUGAAUAUGGCUCUAGACGUUUUUGAAAAAAACAUUUAACCAGGGCAAACCCACCUUCUGAUGAUUUUUAAUAUGUUCUUUUGUUUUUUUCAUAGUCUAUUACGUAUCACUAUGUGGAAUCUAAACAUUAGACUGUCGUCUAAUCCGGGACACGAUAGUUAGUCUAUAGGGCUGUUUAGCAAAGGACAUAUGUUCAGCAAGGUAGGAUGUCACGUCUAAAUUUUGAGCACAAACCUGAACAUUGUCCCAUCGCUCUCGAGGCUCCUGUGAGCUAGAUCGUAUCACUCUUGUGCUUGCAUUAAGUGUUAUGAGGCCUGAAGGACGACAGGUUCCAAAACAAACCACAGAUGACUAACAGACUUCUUAAAGUAGAUUCAGUAGUUUUGGAAAGCGUCUUUACUCCUGAUUGGAUAUGCUGAUGUCUUGCGCCAGUGUGCCAAUGUGUUGCAUGUUCUACUGCACUUAACUGAAUGACGCUGUAUAAAAACUUGAAUGUACAUAUAAGCUAUAACUAUAAAUACUCUGUAUUUACUCUGGAAUGGGCUGUGUUAUAAUGUCUAUAACUGGCUGGGAGCAGGGAGAUGAGCUAUUGUUUACACUGGGGGAACAAAAUGUAACUGUAAAGUUGUAUCAGUAUGUGAUUCAGAGCAGUAACUAUAUUUAAAGAGAUGACAUUGUAUGAAGUUUUAUUUGUAUAUAUGUACGACGUUUCCAUCACAACCUAAUUCAGAGAAAUUGUAUGUGAUUAUUUAUUGCUCUUAUUCUAUAAAAAUAUGUUCUUGCUGUUGGAAAUGG